AUGCAUCAAGUAUACGGGCCGAUCGUACGCAUCAAUCCCACAGAGUUGUCCAUUGCCGACCCCGACUUUUAUGACAAAGUCUACGUGUCAGGCAGCACACGACGAACUCAGGGCUACUCUCAAUUCGCUUCAGGAAUUGGCUUUGAGGGCACAUUCUUCUUGUCUCACAGCCAUGAGCUGCAUCGCAAGCGCCGGAAGCCGGUGGAGCCCUACUUCUCCCGUCGGAGUGUCACCCAGUUGGAACCUUUGAUUAACAAGGCCGUGGGCAAGCUCAUCGCACGUUUUGAAUCCUUCCAGGGCACGGGACGCGUCGUUCGGCUUGACCAUGCGAUGCUGGCAUUCUCCGGUGAUGUUAUUGGACACCGGGCAGAAAAAUAUAUCGCCAAGCUUAUCGAAGAGAAACAGCAACAGCAAAUGACGAAAGUCGAGCCAGCUGUGGGCGGCCGGCCGACCCUGUUCCGAUACCUGGUGCACGAGAGCGCGCUUCCAGAAGAGGAUUUGUCACUCGAUCGCCUGACAAAGGAAGCGCAAAUCUUGCUGGGGGCCGGAUCGGUAUCCACCGCGCGUACGCUGCACUUCAUCACGUUUUACCUCCUGUCCAAUCCGCAUAUGCGCGAGCGGUUGGAGCAGGAGCUCAGGGACAUUGGCGAGCAGGCAACUUGGUCGCAAUUGGAGAGAUUGCCCUAUCUGCAGGCCCUCAUCAAAGAGGGUCUCCGUCACAGCUACGGUACCAUGCACCGGCUUCCGCGAGUGUCGCCCGACGAGGCGCUAUACUACACGAGCACAAGGGACGGAAAGGUCUGGGAGAUUCCAGCAGGGGUCCCGGUCGGCAUGACGGCCUAUCUGCAGCACACCGACCCAGACGUUUUUCCGGAGCCCCAUAGCUUUGUCCCUGAGCGCUGGCUGGGAGAGGUCUCCACUGCAAUGGCACGCAACCUGGUGCCCUUCGCGCGAGGUUCGCGGAACUGCAUCGGCAUGAACCUGGCAAUGGCUGAGAUCAACUUUAUGCUUGCCGCGUUGUUCCGCCCCGGCGGCCCGCAGUUUGAGCUGUUCGAAACAGAUGAGACAGAUGUGAUAGCUGUGCAUGACUAUAUUGUGCCUCUCGCGCGCUUGGACUCGAAGGGUGUGCGCGUCAUCUUUCGCUAG